GGUGGGACGGGGGCGGCGGGAGCCGGCGAGGGGGGUCGGCCCGUCCGAGCUUUCCUGGGCGCCGGCUCCGCCCCUCGACCCUUGGGGCCCAGGUGGGGCGCAGACCCCGUGGCUCCCCGCGGAGGCCACACGCCUGGCUCCGCCCCCGGUGCCUCCCCCAGGAAGGAGCGACGUCCCCUAGGCGCCGGGUCCGGACAGCGCCGCGCAGCCCCCGCGCUCCCCGCGCCCCCCGGGCCCCCCGGGCCCGCCCCGUAUCCCUGACCGCGUCCCCUGGAGACACUGCGGCAGCGGCAGGCGGGCGGGGGCGGGCGAGGGCCGGGCGCGUCUCCAUGGAGCCAGGGCGCGCGUAGCCGAGCCCAGCCCAGCCCAGCCGGAGGCCCCGGGGGCGGUGCGCGGCGCGGCCGCAGGAUGCAGGCCAUGGACCCGGCCGCGGCGGAUCUCUACGAGGAGGACGGCAAAGACCUGGACUUCUACGACUUCGAGCCGCUGCCCACCCUCCCCGAGGACGAGGAGAACGUGUCUCUGGCUGACAUCCUCUCCCUGCGGGACCGUGGCCUCAGCGAGCAGGAAGCCUGGGCCGUGUGCCUGGAGUGCAGCCUGUCCAUGCGGAGCGUGGCCCACGCCGCCAUCUUCCAGAGCCUGUGCAUCACGCCCGACACCCUGGCCUUCAACACCAGCGGGAACGUGUGUUUCAUGGAGCAGCUCAGUGACGACCCUGAGGGUGCCUUCGUUCCCCCCGAGUUCGACGUGACCGGGAACACCUUUGAGGCGCACAUCUACUCUCUGGGGGCCACGCUGAAGGCGGCCCUCGAGUACGUGGCAGAGCCCACACUGGAACCCAGGCUGAGCCAAGACCUCGAGGCGCUGCUGAGCCGGAUGCAGGCGGAGGACCCCGGGGACCGGCCGGACCUUGAGAGCAUCAUCGCGCUGUGUGAAGAGAAGCUGCAGCUCACAUCCUCCUGUCGCGUGUGCCGGAGCCUCUCUGCUGUGGGGAGGAGGGUCCUCUCCAUCGAGUCCUUCGGAGCGCUGCAGGAUGUCAGCGAGAGCAGCUGGCGGGAGAGACCUGCCCCAGGAAACGCUGGGCCCAGGAGGCCGCCCGGGGACCCCAGCACUGACCCGGAGGUUCUGCCGACCCCCGAAGGCCCAGAGUCUGAGACCAGCCGGGGCCCCAGAGCCUCCCCAACCAAGGCUCUGCUGUCCACCCCGGUGAGAAAUGGCGAGAGCCACAGCCGGGAGGGGCUGGCCGGCCUCGUCCUGGAUGCCGAGCGCACCCUCGGGGAGCUGGACAGAGACACCGUCAGGAGAAGCCGCCUGCGGAAGGUGCAGACGUUCCCUAGGCUGCUGUCCGACAGCCCCGAGGCCACCCUCUGCCUGCCGCUGACCCGCGGGAAAAGCCAGCUGCCCAUAUCGGAAUUAUUCUCUCCGGACCCCAGGAAGGCCUUUCUGGACAGGAAAAAUGGCCUUUCUAGCUUCCAGGCUCAGCCCAAAUGCAGGCUGUGGCCGGAGCAGGAGCCGGAACACCAGCUGGGACGGGUUCCCUGUGCAGGCCGCAGCGCGGACAGGGGCCCUGGGGUGCCCGGCAGUCCAGGACAGCCCGAGACUUCACACCCCAGCCAGGGGCCAGCAGAGGCCAGACCCUCACCCUGCCCUGCAGACCCUCGAGAUGCUAGCGGUGAAGCCCAGACUCCCAGGGACGAUGAGGGAAUUUCAGAAGGAGCCAGGCAGCUGGAAAGUGCAGCCGCGGAGCAGUGGGUGUCCCUGCAGGACCUCCUGUCCCAGCUGGGCCGGCCCUUCCGGGAGUACGAGCUGUGGGCCCUGUGUCUGGCCUGCCUCCGCGCACUGCAGACACGCCCUGAGCACCCAGCCUACCUGUGUCUGGACUCUGUGCUGGUUGCUGAGGACGGGGCUGUGCUCUUCCAGCCACCCCCUGCCAACGGUUCCUAUGACUCGUUCUUUCUGGCUCCCGAGCUGGCAGAGGAGAGGCUGGUAACUGAAAAGGCCUCUGUGUACUGUGUGGCCGCCGUUCUGUGGACCGCAGCCAAGUUUAGCGUCCCCCGCAACCACAAGCUGGCCCUGCCACGCAGGCUCAAGACCCUCCUCCUGGACAUGGCCAGGCGCAGUGCCCCGGAGCGGCCGUCCGCGGCUGAGGCCAUCAAGGUGUGCGGCAGCUACCUCCUCCAGCGAGGCAUGGACAGCCGGAAAAUCCUUGCCCACCUCAGAGCUUCCAUCUGCCAGGUGUACCAGGAGGAAGAGACCAUCAGCCUCCAAAACGCCUUCUCAGUGGUUGAACUGAAGCCCAGUGUGGCACCAGCCCCAGAGCCCAGCCCAGGCUUCCUGCCGGUGAACAGCGACACCGGGCUUGUGGCUGUGCCAGGGCCUGUGCCCGGCCAGCACCCCUGCGGUGAAGAAGCCACCCAGCUGCCUGCAGCGUUCACCUCCGAGGCCACGCACUUCAAGCCCAUUGUCCUCGCGCAGGACGCAAGUGUGGCCAGGGACCAGCCUGCCUUGGCCCAGGAGGAGUCCGAGGAGAGGGGCGGCCAGAGGGAGGGAGAAGGUGAGGAGAAGCUCUCCCCAGAGGCCCACGCUGGGUCCCCCAGCCUGAAGACGCCUGACGGGCCGGUGCCUGGUCUGGGGCCACAGGGAGCAGCCCCAGAGCCUCUUGGGGCGUCAGUGCGGCGUGACUCAGCCCAGGGCUGCCCCUGCCCUCCACCCCAGGCCCCAGCAAAGCAGCCAGAGGGGGCCUCAUCGGCAGCUCCCGGCUCUCCAGUCCCCGCCCCGCCCACGAAGGCAUCUGCGCUGCCCGUAGAGCAAGGGCCGGCUGAGCCGAUCCCACCUGGAGUCACUUCUGGGGGCCUCAGGCCCGAUGCCCUGGGGCCCACCACGGCCCACCACGGCCCACGCCACCCACCCAAGCCCCCACGAAGCAAGGCCACCGAGCGCCUGGGCCGGGAGCCAGAGGGCCCCGGGGCCACCCCUGCCGGGGAACCUGAUGACCAGAGCCCAGACAGUGUCCCAGAGAGGCCACGACCCGCAGACCGGAGGCUCUGUCUGCCCUGCGUGGACGCCUCGCCACUCCCAGGGAGGACGGCCUGCCCGUCGCUGCAGGAGGCCACGCGCCUCAUCCAGGAGGAAUUUGCCUUCGAUGGCUACCUGGACAAUGGGCUGGAGGCUCUGAUCAUGGCCACGAGGGAACCAGAUGAGCAGCCCUGCCACCGUCUCACUUGUCUCCAUGGUUUUGCAAAACCAGGGGAGUACAUCUUCGCCUUGAAAGAUCUCACCUUUGCCACCUUCUGUGGCGCCAUUUCCGAGAAGUUCUGUGACCUGUACUGGGAUGAGAAGUUGCUGCAGAACCUCUUUAAGGUGGUCAACGGGCAGGCGUCACCCUCCCCAAGCACGGCCGAGGAGGCUGGGUCACAGCUCGAGGGCAGCCAAAGCCCCCGCUCCCCGUCCAGCAAGAGGCCAUCGCUGCACCGCCUGGGAGCCGCUGUCCACGUAACCUGCGUCUCUUUCUUUCAAGGAAAAGAGAAGCCAGCCAUGGCCAGGACCAGCAGCAGGGCCCCCUGCUCACCCACCUCGGUGUCAGAUGUGGACUCGGACGCACUGUCACGGGGAAACUUUGAGGUGGGGUUUCGGCCUCAGAGGUCCGUAAAAGCCGAGAGAGCGCAGCAGCCUGAGGCUGGCGAGGACAGACGGCCAGCUGGCGGGGCCUCAGACGUGGAGGCAGUAACCCGACUGGCCAGGUCCAAGGGGGUCGGCCCAGCCUUGUCCCCCGGCCCAGCCGGAUUCCAGAGCUGCAGCCCCGGCUGGUGCAGCGCCUUCUAUGAGGCCGACUGCUUCGGGGCCGACGUCCACAACUACGUGAAGGACCUGGGGCGGCAGCAGGCGGACGGGGCCCUGCCCGACGCCCAGAGCCCGGAGCUGGAACAGCAGCUCAUGAUGGAGAAAAGAAACUACCGCAAGACCCUGAAGUUCUACCAGAAACUCUUACAGAAGGAAAAGAGGAACAAAGGUUCCGAUGUCAAGACCAUGCUGUCCAAGCUGAAAGGGCAGCUGGAAGAAAUGAAAUCCAGGGUGCAGUUCCUCAGCUUGGUCAAGAAGUAUCUGCAGGUCAUGUACGCGGAACGCUGGGGCCUGGAGCCCUGCGCCCUCCCGGUGAUCGUGAACAUCGCGGCCGCACCCUGCGACACGCUGGACUUCAGCCCCCUGGACGAGUCCUCCUCGCUCAUCUUCUACAACGUCAACAAGCACCCGGGCGGCCGGCAGAAGGCCCGCAUCCUGCAGGCCGGCACGCCGCUGGGGCUCAUGGCCUACCUGUACUCCAGCGACGCCUUCCUGGAGGGCUACGUGCAGCAAUUCCUCUACACCUUCCGCUACUUCUGCACACCCCACGACUUCCUGCACUUCCUCCUCGACCGCAUCAACAGCACGCUGACCAGGGCCCACCAGGACCCCACCUCGACCUUCACCAAGAUCUACAGGCGGAGCCUCUGCGUCCUGCAGGCCUGGGUGGAGGACUGCUACGCCGUGGACUUCCCUCGGAACAGCGGGCUGCUGGGGAAGCUAGAGGACUUCAUCUCCUCCAAGAUCCUACCCCUGGACGGCUCUGCCAAGCACCUGCUGAGCCUCCUGGAGGUGGGCAUGGACCGUCGGGCCGAGGGCAGCCCUCGCGGCACAGACCUGGAGAACCCCAGGGAGGCCGGGGAGGAUGCCAGACCCUUCAACGCCCUCUGUAAGAGGCUCUCAGAGGACGGCAUCUCCAGGAAGAGCUUCCCCUGGAGGCUGCCCCGAGGCAACGGGCUGGUGCUGCCGCCACACAAGGAGCGCCCCUACACCAUUGCCGCGGCCCUGCCCAAGCCCUGCUUCCUCGAGGACUUCUACGGCCCCUGCGCCAAGACCAGCGAGAAGGGGCCCUACUUCCUGACGGAGUACAGCACUCACCAGCUCUUCAGCCAGCUCACGCUGCUACAGCAGGAGUUGUUUCAAAAGUGCCACCCGGUCCACUUCCUGAACUCACGGGCCCUGGGCGUCAUGGACAAGAGCACUGCCAUCCCCAAAACCAGCUCUUCUGAGUCUCUUUCGGCCAAAACCUGCAGCUUAUUUCUGCCCAAUUACGUUCAGGACAAGUAUCUGUUACAGCUUCUAAGAAACGCAGAUGACGUCAGCACCUGGGUGGCUGCAGAGAUUGUGACCAGCCACACCUCCAAGCUGCAGGUGAACUUGCUGUCCAAAUUUUUGCUGAUUGCAAAAUCUUGCUAUGAGCAGAGAAACUUCGCGACAGCCAUGCAGAUCCUGAGCGGGCUGGAGCACCUGGCCGUGAGGCAGUCCCCUGCCUGGAGAAUUCUGCCUGCAAAGAUAGCAGAGGUCAUGGAGGAGCUGAAAGCCGUGGAGGUCUUCCUGAAGAGCGACAGCCUGUGUCUGAUGGAAGGGCGGCGCUUCCGGGCACAGCCUACCCUGCCCUCGGCCCACCUCCUGGCCAUGCACAUCCAGCAGCUGGAGACAGGCGGCUUCACCAUGACCAACGGGGCCCACAGGUGGAGCAAGCUCAGGAACAUCGCGAAGGUGGUGAGCCAGGUGCACGCGUUCCAGGAGAACCCUUACACCUUCAGCCCCGACCCCAAGCUCCAGUCGUACCUCAAGCAGAGGAUUGCCCGCUUCAGCGGUGCCGACAUUUCCACGCUCGCCGCAGAUAGCAGGGCCAACUUCCACCAGGUCUCCAGCGAGAAGCACUCACGGAAGAUUCAGGACAAGCUACGGAGGAUGAAGGCUACAUUCCAGUAGCCGAGCUCGGGCCUGGUGUGGAAUUCCAGAUCCGAAUCCAACUGUGGGGGGCGGGCCGGGAGGUGGGAGCCACGUCUCAGGCCCGGCCGUUAUUGAGGCCCCUCCGCCCCCGAACCCUGGGGAGCUGGACCAGGAGGUGGAGGCUCAGGGGACCCCACGGGGACAGGCAGAGCUGGUCUCCUCCCAGCAGACGGAGCCAGGACGGGCACAAGAGUCUUGGAGGUUUGCGUGUUUCUGCUAGAAUUAAAAAGUUAAAUUUAAAAAUGAAAAUGAAAGACAGCUUCCCAGGAGUUUUGUGCCUGUCUGCGCCUCUCACACACAGAUAAGUGGCUCUUACCCAACUCUCAGUGACUCCCCCACAAAACAGCAACAGCCUCCACCGCCAACUCAACAAACUUCAGAGUAGCUCCUCCCUGAGCAGGUUUCUGAGCCAGCCUGGGUUGGCUGAGCAACGAAGGGCCAAAGCUGACCUCUGAGUGGCCAACUGCAGCUCCCAGGGACUCCGAGACCUCCCGUCCGAGACCCUGCCUGGGUUCACCCCCCACAACCCAGACCCAGAAACCCUCUCCCCUUCCCUGCCCAGUGCCCCUCCUCCCCAGCCCAGACCCUCAGGUGCCCAAGGCCUGCUGCUGGAGCAGGCACCUUGGGCUGGGCCUGCUCCCCCAGGGCCCAGGGACCCCCAGCUUAGAACAGCCCUUGGUGAGGUGGUCGUGCCCGGGCAAAGGCCCCGCUUCCUGGAAAGGACACUCAGAGCAGCUCCAAGACAGAGGCUCUGUGGCGGGGGUCCCUGAGAGUGCCCCCCCCAUCUCAUGCCCCAGGGGCCGCCGCUGCCCACCGCCUCCAGCAGCCACGCAUGUGCGCCCGCAGCCCUGCCUCCGCAGCUCGCCACACACUCACGCUUCGCCAGAGACAGGAAGUGCGCUGCCUCCACGGCCCCUUGCCCUUGCUCAGGUUCUUGGACCCCAGGCAGCUGGUGUGGAGCCCCUUGGCCAGGGCCAUGGGAGACCCGCGCAGUCAGCUCCACGCUGGCCUCUGCAGCUGGGUGACCAGAGCCCCGGGCACGGCCCCAGCUCUGUGGGGCUCUCACGGUGCCAAUCACAAGACCCAGGGUUGUGCUUUUGAGUUUUAGAAUUAGUCAUUCUUUAGAGCAGCCAGCUAGUGGCAUUUCUAGGAAAACUGUGACCUGUGAUAAAUCGCUGCAUUUUUAAUGUCAAGAUGUGUUUUCCCACAUAAAUUCACCGGAGACAUCCGGGCCCUGCUUCGAUGUAACAUGAGAGGAAGUCGGCAUCCUGGCCACGAAAUGCAGUUCACUUUUUUUUAGGCUUUUAUAUGGAUUAUGUUUUGCUGACCCAUGCCCGCAUUUUCAGAUUUUGUAUUUAACAGACAGUGCCCAGUGCAAAUCAACAUUCCAGCGGUCAGGACUGACCCCAGGGGAGCACUGGGCUCAGGCUUCAGCGCGACUGUCCGCAUGGCUCCCUCCCGUCCUGGCACCAAUUUCUGAAUAAAGUCCUUUCUACCAGC